UAUGUCUUGCUACCCAUGGUUGCUCGCAUCCUGUUUGCAGUCCCAUCUUCUUCUGCUCAGAUUGAAAGGGACUUCGGCAACAGUGGGAAAAUGGUGACUGCCCUGCGAGCUUCUACAAGCACGGCUAAUAUCGACAUGGCUUGCUUCCUUCAUCAACACCGGUCAUUUGUCGAUGUGUGCCAGUGCCCAAAGCUGAAAGCAUCCGAAGUCGACGAACACAUUCCAAGCAAUGUCAAGAUUAACCUGGAACCCGAGGUAGUGGAGCGAAUGGAAUGGAAUCAGCUGGCACAAGCGUGCUUUUCGACAUCA